UGAAAACAUGCAAUAGAGGUAGAUUGAUAAAAGUUUAAAGUUGGAUAAUUUUCGAAGUUUCAGGUUCCGACAAUUUACUUUUACUGCAUUGUAAUGUCUACUACUCAACUCAAGAUUAACUCAACGCAAAUUUAGUAGUUCAUGGCCACACCGAGGAUGACUAAUCGAUUCGCUAUUCACCGGCCGAAUUAUUUCGUCAUCUAAUUUUAUCUCGAUCAUUUCAUAACAUUACGUACAUCCAGAGUCAUUGAGCUUCGAGCUUACGGUCAAAAAAGUUGAAUUAGUGCUUCGUGAUCGCGAUAAUUAUUCAUCUCACGUGUGCCUUUCCUUAUUUUUCGCAUCAGAAUGGAGAUCUUAUGCUUCGAUUCGAGCGGUUCCACUUCAGGAUGUACGAAAUACUGGGCAGCGGUGGAAAACUUGAUCCAGUCGAAUAAAUUCGACGCUUUAUUAUCGUGGAAUUCUAGCUGUACUAGAGUACAAGAGAAUAAUCUCGGUACCAGAGGAACCGGAGGAACAUCUCCCAGUACAUUUAUCAACUACAUCGUAAACGAGUUCAAUAAAGAUUACGUCGAAGAGAAAUUCGGUAAAGGAGCCGAAGUCACUUUACAAGUGACGACAGAUGGCGAAAUAGGUGACUGGGAUAUCUCUACCUGUGCCGAGUAUCUAACUAAACCCAAUUUUCCUACGUUGAAAACCGUCACCAUUCAUUACAUCGGUCACGAAAGCGAGAUGAAUUUCGGUCUAAACGCUAUUUUCGGAUCAGUCUCCGAGUUACUGUACAGUAUUAACGAUACAAGUGCUACUAAAAAGGUUCCAUCGGUAGCCGAACUGGAAAACUACGAAGAUAUCUUCACACCGGAGUUCGUAUCGUUUCUAUGUUCACGUGUAACCGAUCUGAAGAAGACUGAUUUCGACGCUUUUACUCGUCUACGUAAGACUUUGCAAGCUAAACUGGAUAAAAAAUACAAAGAGUUGCCCGAAAGUAAACCUCUAUCUCCGAAGCAGUAUUUCGAUAAAGGUGACGCUGCCGGUCUCGAGAAAGCAAUCAAAGCUAAAAUGUUCACCGUAGAGAAUACCGAAUUUCAAAGCUGGAAGAAUAAGAUUAUGACUUGUUUCGAUAAAUGCGCAUCGAUCAAGAUAUCAGAUACGAGAGCUAAAGCUGACCUAAAAUCCACCGUACUCAAGAAGCCCAAAGUCGUAGCCGGUUAUAAGUUCGAAGACGAGACUACGGUCGUCGAAGACAGUAUCACUUUCGAGAACAUCGACGAAGGUAAAAUCUGCGUUCUGGUCAAAUUCAACCAGCCAGCUUUAUUCAAGCCUGAUUCGACCUACGUAAAGAAUCCAUUCCUCAUAUUCCAAGAUGAUGAUAUUCGUUCGCAGAUGAUAAAACGAUUCGAGCUACAUCCUUUAUCAGUCAACACGGUCAAAGAACUGACCAAAGGUAGCACCACCGAGUCACCUUUUACUCGAGACCAGUGUCGAGCUUUCAUCUUGGGUCCUGCCAACAUGAACGAGAUCAAUUUCAACUCUCAAGCUUUGGCUUCGUUCUUCGAAAGUGAAAAACGAAACACGAUCUUCGGUAACAAAGUCAUCUGGCAGUUGGUCGUGUUGUAUUUGCUCAAAAAACACAUCGAUUCUUCGGUUCAGAGUAACGAAAGCGUAGCUUGGCCUCGAGACGAACUCCAUCCUUUGAUCAACGCCAUUCUCAAAGAGUACAUUAUGAACGAUACUUUACGUUAUCAUCUCACUCUGCACGUCAGAAUCGCUCUUCCAGUCGAUCGAGUCCCAUUGUACGUUGCUUUAUGGUACGUUAUCUUAGUAGCUCCGAUGUACGCUCCCAAUUCCACUCGUAAUCUGCUUCGUUACCCUUCUGGUACCGUACUCCUGGAUUUACUCAACGAUGCCAAUCUCGAAGACAAAAUACCCAUCGACGAUGUGAUCAGAAAACGAUUAAAUUUCCGAAUAAAGCUGUGGAAAUUAUGGAACUCGAUCCUGGGUCAUAAAAAAGAUCGCGAACUAGAACUAACCGUUCGAGCUAGCUACCAAAACUACUGCAUCGUACAAGAUAAAAUAGUCCUUCUGUCCGGUCACAAACCGACCGAGUUACCAGCUCCAGAUCUCGUCUCUGGUAUCCCUCCUUCGGUAGUCAAAGUCAUGUGGGAUUCUUUAACUUCGAAGUCGACUCGUUUCCAGAAAAUCAAUCAAGAUGGUAAUAAUCUACCUCGUCCCAAAUGGGUGAUUCUAAAAAGAGAUAAAACCGAACGCGAAGAAGUCUUCCAUACUCAAAUCGAUCCUGAUACUUUACGUCCUAUCGUCACAUGUCCUGUGACUGAUAAACCAAUCGUCGAAUGCUACGGUAGAUUCGAUAUCAAAUCCGAAUCCUACGCCAGGAUCUUCUCGCUGUAUUGUGCCAAGUACAAAAAAUAUCCCGAAAGCUCCGAUCAACUUGUAUUGUUCCAUAAUCGAAAACGAGCUAAAGAUAACGUAUCCAGUGUGUUCAUCGCAAAGUAUAUGAAACAUGUGUUCGAUAUUUAUCAACCCAUCGUACAAACUAUGUCCUGUGCAGAAUUCGUUAAGAAAUAUAAUGCCUACGGUGAUCGUGAAGAUAAACCGAAGAAAGAACCGGUACAGCCAAGUACGUCGAAAAAUAAGAAACCAGCAGCGGUGGCUACGAAGAAUCGUAAAAAGGUUCCGGCGAUUCGUGGUAAAAAAGCUCCUCUGCGUCCUUUUCGUCGUAAUCGUGCGAAGAAGUAAUAUUAUCGAUAUCGAAAUAUGAUUGAGUUUGAAACGAGUGAUUUUUACUUCGUUUAACUGACUAAUUACGUUUAUUUUACUGUUUUUUUUUACUCUCCUGAUCAAUUAGAAGGAUAAGAAAAAUGGAUUUAAUUUAGAAGUACCUAUUUAUUUUUCAUUUUUUUAUCGUGUAUUUUUAUGAUCUAUAUUUUCUUUUCUGGGUUUCGUAAUCGUUACACGAGUCGUUUCAGGUGCUGAAGUAAUUUAUCGAUAAGUUUAUUCUUCGUUCAUUAUUUUUGAAAAAAAAAAUUUGCUGAUGACUCAGUUCGUUGGAUCUGAUGAGUGAUUGGUUUUUUUUUUUUGCAAUAUUUUAAAAUGUUUCGUAAUUUUUGAUGAAAGAUUUUUAAACGAUAUUUUAUUCUAAUUAAAUUUUAUCCCAACAAGCCGGUUAUUUUUAGUUUCGUGGUAUUUAUUUUUCAUUUUUUUAACUCCAAUUUAGAAGAAUUUACGUUUAGGUAAUUUUUUUAACGUUAAUUUUUAUGAUCUGAUCUAUUUCAUCUUAUUUUUAUAAUCGUUAAAGGUGUUAAAAUUAUCGAUAAGAUUCUUCGUUUAUAAUUUUUGUAAAAAACUUUCGUAUUAGGUACUUUAGAGUGUUACGUUUUGUUUUUUGCAAUGACUAUUUUUGAUAAUAUUGUGUGUUAAUAAAUAAGUUCCUUGAUAUUUUUUUAAUCAAAUUUAGAAGAAUUUAUAUCUUGUAAGUGAUAUUUUGGUAUCGUAUAUUUUUAUGAUUACUUUUUUUUUUAAAAAAAAAGUUAUUUUCUAGUUUGUUGAGAAUCGUAAUAGCCUAUGUACAAAUUUGUUAUUUUUUUUUUGUAAUAUUAUUUUCAUACGUAUUAUGUAGGUAAGUACUUCGUUAUUUUUGAUAAUAAAGAUUCACCGUUGAUUUUUAA